AUAAUCUUAUUGCUGUAAUUUCUUUGAGGUUAUCUUCAACUUAAAGACGUCAGACCAGAAUAAAAUCAAAUAAAAUAUUGAGAGUCUUAGUGCUGUUAUUCCUUGGUGCUUUAUUAAGGUUUUCUUCAAAGUGUAGGCUUUUUAUAAACGUGAAAAUGGCGGGUUUAAAAAGUCUAUGCAAAAAAUAUUUCGAAUCCGACGACCUAUACGCAGCCAUGGGCGUCGAAAAAACAGCAAACGACAAAGAACUGAAAAAAGCCUACUACAAACUCUCUCUCACCGUCCAUCCUGACCGCGUCGAGGAAAGCAACAAGGAAGAAGCCACCGAAAAAUUCAAAGUCCUCAGCAAAAUCUACGAAAUCCUAACAGACCCCAAAAAACGCGACCUGUACGACAAUUCAGGAAUAAUAGAAGACGAUUCCGAAGGCUCCAUAGACAGUUGGCUCGACUACUGGCGCGCCAUGUUCCCCCCGAUCACCGAAGAAUCCAUAAAAGAGUACGAAACCAAAUACAAAGGUUCCCAGGAAGAAAUCGAAGACAUCAAAAAAGCCUACAAACGAGCCCGAGGCUCCAUCGACUUCAUGCACGAACUCGUACCUUUCCUCACCUGCGAGGACGAACCCAGGUUAAUAGAAAUUGUUAAAGGUCUCAUAGCCGAGGGCGAACUUGAGGAAUAUAAAAUCUUCACCGAAGAACCUGCUUCAAGACGUAUUCGAAGACAUAAUAAAUACAAACGUGAGGCUGUUCUAGCCAAACAAAUUAUGAAGAAACGUAAGCAGAAACAGAAUAUGAGUGAUGAUGAUUUGUUCAAGCAGAUUCAGAAGAGGAACGAGGAAAGGACUAAUAAUUUUUUGGAAAAUCUGGCGAAUAAGUAUUCAAAGUUGGAGCAGAAAAGCAAAAAAGCCAAGAAAAACUACUGCAAUAAAAUUGAGCCACCCGAAUAUUCAGCAGGGGACAUUAAAUGUGAAAUUGAGGAAGUUGAUGCCAUCGAUGCUAUUGUUAAAUCUGAAUCGUUUUCUGAAAUGAUGAAACGUGUUCAGAAAGAUUUAUGA